UCGACUGUGCGGUACUGGAGAUACUUUCAAUAAAUAAAAUAACAAAAGUAAUCAAACCUAAAAUGAUAAUUUGCACAUGUUUUCUUAGUUUUUUGACAUAUCAGUGAAGCAAUAACCUAGUCAUAAUGGAAGUAACGAGUGGCGCUGAAGAUGCGUUUGUGCGCGAAUGGACACCUUGCACUCAUAUUUUGAAUUUAAUUCCACCUCGUAUUUCUACGGGUAUAUUUUCUAGUGAACUGUGUCUGACUUGUGUGGACGCUGUGAGUGACUACAUAGCGCUGGGCACGAACGUGGGUUUAGUGUACUGGUACGACAGGAAAAAGGGCAAUAUCCAGAGGCUACGAUGCGAGGCCGCAGCGACCCCCAUCACGUUCGUAAAGAUCGUCAACACCGUGGAUUACAUGGUGGGCGCCGGCAACGCGUCAGGACAGGUCAUGGUAUUCCAAAUACCCAAGGAGCACCCGGAGAACAUCCCUGACACGUUGAAGCCUAAAGUGGAGCCGAAGGUCGAGAGGUACACAAUCAGUGACUUGCACAAGGGAAAAAUAACCGCUAUCGAGUGGUCAAAAAACGGAAUGAGGUUGUUCUCUGGAGACAAAAACGGCGUCAUCAUCAUGACCGAGAUCGACUUCUACAUGCACCUCUGCAAAUCCAGCGAGAUAGUGAAUGAAGAACAUGAGAUUGUGCAGAUGAGCUACUAUCAGAACACUCUGUUGGUGUCCAGUCUAUACCGGACCAUCGUGUGCGAGAAGCGGGACGGCAAGUGGUCGAUCAACCAAAUAGGCAAGCGAGAGAGAAAGAGCCUGUGUCACCUCGGCGCGGUGUUCCAAUACUCGUACUCCCGCGGCGGUGCGGCCGUCGCCUACUGCGCGCGCCCCGGGCUGAGGCUGUGGCGCGCCGACAGGACCGGACAAGUGCUGCACACACUUAUGUUCAAGGACGCAAUAUCAAACCCGCUGACCAUCGCAGAGCUGCUCAACCCGUCAUCACGGAAGCACAACCAUUCCGACAUGGAGUACAACCUGGGGCCGCUGCACGUGUUCAGGGAGCAUUACCUUGUGGCGCACAACGAACAUUUCCUUUACGUGCUCGACCCCGACACCCUGAGGGCUACAGCUGUCGUCGAUGACUUAAGAAGGAUCCUCUCAGUAGCGGUGAACAAGGACGAGAUCUUCGUGCUAGAGGGAGGCCGCUCGCUCGUGCGUCUCGCUCACGCGCCCGAGCCGGCCACGCUCGCUUCAGACGAGUCAAUCAACCUGAUGACGAAAUCCCUUACCAACUCAAUCCAGCAAGUCGUGAACACAGUGCGGGACGUGACGCUCGACCAGACGGCGUUCAUCACCAGCGUACUAGAGGCACCAAAUUGGCUGACUAAGGACGCGAAGGACGCAACAGUGGCUGAAGAGUGUUUCGAACUGCCGCCAGUUAGGCAGUUGCCUGACGUAUCUCGCGACGUUUUGGAGUCCAUUAUAAACGAGUUCAAAGACGUGUCGUCGGAGGUGGAAGAGAUCAGGAGGGUCAAGUCCGAAGAGCUGCAGAAAAAGCUCAAGCUGUAUAACAGCAUAAUGGAGAAGAAAUGCGACUCGGAGUUAAUUCACUCCCGGCGCAGUCGCCGCCGGCCCGGCUCCGGCGCCUCCACCCCGCGCGCCCGCACCCCCGCGCGCGUCACCACCACCAGCCCCUGCCUCAUGCACGUCAGCGUGUACGGUAACAACGACCAACAAAACGACGACCUUCUAGAAAAGCAAAUUGAAGAAAAAGAGAAAAUCCUAGCGAAAAUGCUCAACCUGGACUCCCUAAGCAUCACCACCAAAAUAGAAGACUGUCCCAAAGACGAGUAUGUACCACAAAUUAAAGAACCAGAAAUUGUCACCCCAAAACAUAAAAUAGAUAACAAGGAAGUUGAAUUAGUGCCUAAGAUUGUAAAGUUACCUAAUAAUUGGAAUUUAGAGAAUAUUGAAUUGAGGUUAGAAAUGCAGACGAAUGGUAUAAAGGACGUGAAGAAUUUGAUGUCACCGGAGGAACAUUCGGAUAGCGAGUGGGAGAUCGUUUGAUAGUUGGUUUCAAAUUAGGGUACCCUCUUUUUUUAAACAUAAGGAUAGCUGUCAUCGCAAAUGUAUGCGUAAACGAUAAUGGUGUUGACCCCGUUUUUUUUAAGAAUAGAUUUUUUUUAACCUCAAAAGUUGUGGUAAUUAACUUUUUCUUUCGAAAUGCUAGCUAGGGUCCCUAUGUUAUCUAAUAUUACGGUACAAUAAUAUGUGACGUUCCAUGGGAAAAGGUACCAUAUGGCGGCUGGCGCUUACGUCGCAUAGCACCGCAAUGAUAUUGGAGCGGCGUUAAUAAUAGCGUAAGCGCCAACCGCCAUAAGGUACCUUUACCCGUGGGACAUCACAUAUGUAAACGACACUAUAAUUCAGUGCCUAGUUACUCAGAUUUAAUUUUGAAGUAAAAAAGUUACCACUACUUUUGAGGUUAUAAAAUUUUUAAUCUGAAAAAUCGGAAAAGCGUUUUUAGGUAGGUACCUACCAGUAAAAUGGAGGUGACUAGGAAAAUUUGGGGUUACUUUGAUAGUUUUAAAACGGCUAGAAAUUUACCACUCUUCAUUAUUUACUGAAACUGUUUGUGUAACUAGUUUGAUUACUAUAAAUUGAUGUUCGCCUACUGAAAAGAUCCCGCAUAAAAAAAUAUUAUGGUUUAAAAACUGAAAUUUCAAAGUCGCUUCUACAUUUCUAAUAUCUAACCCGUAUGUCAUGGUGUUUGGCCUCCGCUGUGAGCCGGACAUGAUUUUGUAAAUAAAUAAUAAAUAAACUAGGAAAUUUCAAAGCCGCCCCCAUUUUACGUGUCCAUUAUUUAUUUGACAGUUUAUUAUACCUACCUAAAAUUAGGCAGUAAACAUUUCUAAUUAAUGAUUUAAGUCAAAGGUUGGAUAUUUCGUAGCAUGAUUUAUUAUGUGUCUUAGAACUCGGCUGAACAAUAUAACGAAGCUUUAAAUAGCUUGGCAACUAGUGCAUUAAUUUAACUGUAGUUUGACAAGCUAAACUCAAGUGUGGCGGUUAAUAGGGAAAACAC